ACUUUGAGCGUGUAUGCGCUACAGGGCUAAGCUGUAUUAAUCUUCUCAGGCUUCUGCACCUUCCAGUUCCGCCUGAUGCUUUCAGCUCCGUAUACUGAUGAACAAUAGAAACAAAGAACACAUAUAAUGCGACAUCUAAUCAAGAAAGAAGGCACGUAUUUUGCGCUCCUGUGUUUUUGAAGACUCAUUUCAUUGUAGAUACCUCUCUCAUUGGUCUACUUGAAAUUUACUGGAAUUGUUACAGCGUAGCGUUUUCAGAACCUGAAACGAGGCUUGAUCAAAUUGCACCUAGCGGAAUAACAUUAGUCAACAGAAUCCACCCAUAUACUUAAUAACCUGGGAAUACAUUCCGACUCAAAAGCGUAUCGUCGGGGACGGGUGGCUUUAAAUGUGUCCACUGAAAGAUAACGGUUUCUCGCUGUGAGAUUAAGACGGACGUUAGUCCAGACACUUCCAUUCAACCAAGCCACCAGACUCGACGUGUCUCUCCUUGAAUACAGGCUAUCGAAUGGACCAGCAUCCAAGUGCCCGGAGCUGUACCAGCCGCGGAGCUCCGUCUUGCGAGGCCGUUCCCAGUGAGCCCUCCAUGAAUUUGUACAUCCAUUCUACUACCGGCACUCGCUUCGAGCUCUCCCUUCCACUGGAGGAGACGGUAGAGGGUUUGAAGAGAAGAUUGUCCCAAAGACUUAAAGUUCCUAAAGAAAGACUCGCACUGCUACACAAAGAAACGCGCCUGAGCUCAGGAAAACUCCAGGACCUGGGAAUCACUGAUGGGAGCAAGUUAACGCUUGUCCCCACCGUUGAAGCAGGCUUAAUGUCUCAAGCAUCCAGACCAGAGCAGUCAGUAAUGCAAGCUUUGGAGAGUUUAACAGAAACUCAGGUCAGCGACUUCCUGUCCGGCCGCUCCCCUCUGACCCUCGCCCUGCGCGUGGGCGACCACAUGAUGUUCGUCCAGCUGCAGUUGGCGGCGCAGCAGUCGGGCGGGCAGCAGCUGCAGCACCGGCACCUCGUCUCCCGAAGCGGGCAGGAUGCCACCGCUGGGGCCAGCAACAGCAGCAGCACCACCACCACCACCACCAGCAGCAGCAGCAGCAGCAGUACCAGCAGCAGCAGCAGUGGCGGAGUCCCCCGAACCUCACACCACCACCCCCACCCCCACCCUCACCCCCAUCCACACCCUCACCCCCAUCCACACACGCAUGCCCAUCCACACGGGCACGCGCACGCCCACGGGCACGGCCAUGGCCACUCUCACCACAUCCACUCUCACCCGGCGCCCCCCAGCCCGCCGGCCUUCACCCCCACCUCGGCGCCCAUGCAGUCGCCGGCCUCCAUGUACCCCCACGCCCACCCGGCCUCCUCGGCCUCCACGGGCCACUGCAGUCCUCAGGCCCACGCCCACGGCCACACCCAUGCCCACGCUCACGGCCACGCUCACGCCCACGCCCAGGCUCGCUCCUCUCCGCUGACCCCCACCCUCCUGCGCUCCCACCAGGCCGCCGCCUCCGCCGCUGCCAGCAACCCAGCCGCCACCCUCACCCCAACCCCCAGUCCGACCUCCAGCCCGAGCUCUAGCCCUGCAGCCCCUUGCCCAGAGGCCAACUGCACAGCGAAGAGCCCCAGCGGUAGCAGCUCCGUGGCCUCGGCGCGCUCCCGGAAGCCCGGGGCCAUCAUCGAGAGCUUCGUCAACCACGCUCCCGGGGUGUUCUCCGGGACCUUUUCAGGCACUUUGCAUCCUAACUGUCAGGACAGCACUGGACGUCCCCGGCGGGACAUCGGCACAAUCCUGCAGAUCCUCAACGACCUCCUCAGCGCCACGCGCCACUACCAGGGUAUGCCCCCCUCCCUCACCCAGCUGCGCUACCAGACCCAGUGCACUCCGGGCUCGCCGUCACCCCCGCCCUCCCCCUCGCCGUCGCCCACGUCCCCGACCCCGGCGGUCAGCCUCGCGCCCGGACUCUCCGCUACCUCGGUGCCCAGUGCCAGCCCCGCCAGCCUCCACCCGCUGGUGCAGUGCCAGAGCCAGAUCCGCAUGUGCAAGACUCCCGGCGAGCGCAUCCGUCAGACGGAGAACCGGGCGACGCGCUGCAAGGUGGAGCGCCUGCAGCUGCUCAUGCAGCAGAAGCGGCUGCGUCGGAAGGCCCGGCGGGACUCGCGCGCCCCCUACCACUGGCUGCCCAACCGCAAGGCCGGACGCAGCAACAGCAACAGCAGCAUGUCCAGCGAGGGCUCCCUGGACCUGGACUUCGAGGACUCGGUGUGGAAGCCCGACGUCAAGGCCGACAUGAAGACGGAGUACGUGAUGGCGUAGAGCGGAGGAGCGGGAGGGGGAAAACCCCGCGCGAGGAAAAGGACGCGGAGAGGCGUUUUGUCGAGGAGAGGAUUCGGACUUGGGCGGCGGAGAGACGACGAGAAAGAGGAGGAGAUGAGGAAGUCUUCUUUUCUCACUUCUCUUGGUGUCUAAAGACUUGUUUGGCACUCAGAAGUGUUUUGCUUUUGUUGACUUCUGUGGGGACAUAAAAAAAAAAAGAAAUAAACACAAGAAUAACGUUUUGGGACAAAGACAGGACACCUGUGUUUUGAGCAUACAAAUGCUUGCUGUCCUAAGAGGAAGACGGAAAAAAAAACUAAGCAUAGCAGACUUGGUGUAUUUUCUUUUUGUGUCUCUUUUUGUUUGUUUGUUUGUUUUUUGGAUUGAUUGAUUGUUUUCUAGCUUUCCAAGGAGAACUCUGGAUGGAGAUUCACACUGCUAAACUGGACUCUCAGUGUACUGAACAGACAAAAAAAAAGAUGCAGGUCUCAAUCCUGUUGUCGUACACUCUUCAGAAUGGGCAUUUACAGUCUCCAGAUCACCAACCAGAGUCGUGUUAUUUCUUAGAGGUUUUUUUUUUCUCUUUUUGUUUUCAUUUUCAGAACGUAUUUUUUCUAAGGAAAUAUGUAGCAUUGUUCACAAAGCAUUCAGGUUUUUUCGUACAGUUGAAAGGUAUUUUAUUUGCACAUAUCUAUGAUUUUGUUUUUUGGUGGCUGGUUGGAAGCGUGGAAGGCGUGGAACGUAGCCUCCAGUGGCCACGACUUCAGAGGACAAAAAGAACAGACCCAAGGAAAUGCAUGUUUCCCCAUCUAAAACAAGUGGAUCUCAAAAAGAAACCCCAGCAACAGCUCAUAAAUAGGAACCAUUUAUAAUUAAAGAAAAAUAAAUAAAAGAGAUAAAAGUCAUGCCGAGGGUUGUAAAAUCAAUGCCUUUGAAUAUAUAUAUAAAGAAAGAAAAUCGUCUAUUUUUGUUUCACUUUUUUAUCUGCUGUUUUCAAAAAACAGUUUCCCAAAAUGGCUUGGCUCAAGUCCUGGAAAAAAUUGAUUUCUACAGUACUGUAAUUUAUGUUUUCUCUAGGUCACUUGUUUAUCCAUUCAUUCAUUUACUCAUUGAAGAGAUCAUGUCCACAAAUAUGUCUCUUAUUUCUUACUGUAAAGUCACAACCUCUGUAAACCUUGGUAGGAGUUUUUUUGUCUUAUUUUUAAUCAGCUGAGUAGAGUGGGUGUAUGUGGUUUGUGUUUUGUUUGCGUGCAUGUGGGUGUAUGCAUUUUUGUGGAUGACCGAGUAAAUGAACUCAAGUGUG